GCCUCCUGGUGACAGCAGAAAUGGCCCCUGCACAGGACCGUGUGGUCUUUGAGGACGUGGCCAUUUAUUUCUCCCAGGAGGAGUGGGGUCACCUUGAUGAGGCUCAGAGGUUGCUGUACCGUGACGUAAUGCUGGAGAAUUUGGCACUUUUGUCCUCACUAGGUUGUUGCCAUGGAGCUGAAGAUGAGGCAUCUUCAGGGCAAGGUGUUUCUUUAGGUGUGUCACAGGUUAUGACUUCAAAGCCCCUUCUCUCUACCCAGAAGACCCACCAGCCCUGUGAGACAUGUAGCUCACUUCUGAAAGACAUUCUGCACCUGGUUGAUCACAGUGGAACACAUGAGCAGGGUCUGUACAUAUGUCCGGCAAAUCUUCACCAGCACCAAAAGAAGAAAAUUAGAGAGAAACUGUGCCGAGGGGAUGAGGAGAGACCUUCAUUUGUGAAGAACCGCAGAAUUCACAUGGCAGGGAAGACAUUCCCAUGCAGUGAAUGUGGGAAAGCCUUCACUCAUAAAUAUAAACUUAUUGAACAUCAGAAAAUCCAUAGUGGUGAAAGACCUUAUAAGUGCAACAAAUGUGGGAUAUUGUUUAUGGAAAAGUCCACACUCAAUAGACAUCAGAGAACUCACACUGGAGAAAGGCCAUAUGAGUGCAAUGAAUGUGGGAAGGCCUUUCUUUGUAAAUCUCACCUUGUUCGUCACCAAACAAUCCACUCUGGAGAAAGGCCUUAUGAGUGCAGUGAAUGUGGGAAAUUGUUUAUGUGGAGUUCCACACUCAUUACACAUCAGAGAGUUCACACUGGAAAAAGGCCUUAUGGCUGUAGCGAAUGUGGAAAAUUCUUUAAGUGUAACUCUAACCUCUUUAGGCAUUAUAGAAUUCAUACAGGAAAAAAGUCUUAUGGUUGCAGUGAAUGUGGGAAAUUCUUUAUGGAAAGGUCCACACUCAAUAGACAUCAGAGAGUUCACACUGGAGAAAAGCCCUAUGAGUGCAAUGAAUGUGGAAAAUUCUUUAGCUUGAAAUCUGUCCUCAUCCAACACCAAAGAGUUCACACAGGAGAAAGGCCUUAUGAAUGUAGUGAGUGUGGGAAGGCCUUUCUUACAAAGUCCCACCUCAUUUGUCACCAGACAAUCCACACCGCAGCAAAGCAGUGCAGCGAAUGUGGGAAAUUCUUUAGGUAUAGUUCCACACUUCUUAGACAUCAGAAGGUUCACACUGGAUAAAACUUUUAU